AUGGCUCGUAAAGCGCGGCAGAGGAUCAGCUAUGUGCUCCCUCUCACGAACUCGGCAGGAGGCCACCGUCUCGGCGUCAACGGACUCGCGGUAGACAGCGACAACUCGAUCCUCUACUCUGGAGGACGCGACGGAGUCAUCUGCGCAUGGGACCUCAACUUCGAGGUCAAGCACAAGUCGGACCAGAUCACGGCCGUCGACGCGAAGCCCCCGCCGUCACCCGCCUCGACGCUGCACAACCAGGUGCAAGCGCAUACCCACUGGAUCAAUGACCUCGUCCUCGCCCAGUCCAACCAGGCCCUGGUGUCGGCCUCGUCAGACAUCAGUGUCAAGCUAUGGCGGCCCGCCGCGACCGACUCGAUGCCACCCCAGACCAUCGGUCUGCACAGCGACUACGUCAAGGUGCUGGCUUCUCCCUCGCCAGAUGCCUCGUGGGUCGCCAGUGCAGGCCUGGACCGUCACAUCCGUCUCUGGGACCUGAACGGUGCAGGAGAGACUCUCCGCGUCGAUGUCAGCGAGGAUGAGAGCUUGGCCGGCUUGAGCAAAGAGAAGGCCAGCGUCUACGCUCUGAAGGCUACACACUCCAUCCUUGCCAGUGGUGGGCCUGACAGCAACGUGCGCAUCUGGGACCCGCGCUCGGGCAAGCGCAUCACCAAGUUUGUUGGUCACACGGACAUCGUGCGCGACAUUUUGAUCAGUCAAGAUGGCUGCACCGUCAUGUCUGCGUGUUCCGACCAGACGGUCAAGGUGUGGAGCGUUACUGCCGGUCGCUGUAUGAACACCCUGACUAUGCACGAUGCCAGUGUCUGGUCUCUGUGGUCCGAUCACCCCGAUCUCUCCGUCUUCUACUCGUCCGACAAGAGCGGCAUGGUUGCAAAGACCGACACGAGAGGGUGCGGCGAGGAGCUGGAGGAAGGCUUGAGUGUCGCCAUCUGCCAGGAAGGUACCGCUGUGCACAAGCUUGCUGUUGCUGGCGACUACAUCUGGACGGCCACCCCUCGCCCCACCAUCAACAGAUGGGCUGAUGUCAACACUGACGGUGCCGAGAUUGACCUGCCUGACAUUUACAAACAGAAGCGCUUCGGCCUGGCCACUUCCCGCUCGAGAAUCCCCAGUCCACCCGUCAACUCGUCCUCUGACAGACUCGCUUCCCCGCCGCAACCCAUCUCUCCCACCUCCCCUCCGCCUUCCGCAAAACGCUCCAUCCCCCUCAAGCACGUCCUCAGACUCAGCAACGCUGCAUACUUCCCCAGACCGGUAGCAAGAGAGACCACUCCAGACGGUGAGGUGACUGAAGCCGAACACACACAGCCCCUGAGACACACUCCCGACUUUGCCAUUGAAGGUCAGAACGGUUUGGUCAAGCACAUCAUGCUCAAUGACCGGAAGCGUGUCCUGACCCAAGAUACCGCUGGUGAGGUUCUGCUGUGGGAUCUCCUCAAGUGUGUGCCCAUCAAGUCCUUCGGCAGGAAGCAUCUCGAGGACGUGCAGCCAGAGGUUACCACGGUCGAGACAGUGCCUAACUGGUGCUCUGUCGACACCCGCACUGGAACCCUGGCCAUCACGCUGGAGGAGCACACGGCUUUCGACGCUGAAAUGUACGCUGACGAGCUCGACAUUGAUCAGAACAUCGACUUCAAGGAGGACCAGCGAAUCAACCUUGGCAAGUGGGUUCUGCGCUAUCUCUUUGCGAACCUGAUCAGUGAGGAAAGCUCCAGAGACUCGCAGUACAGAAGACACCUGUUGGAACAGGCGCAGAAGCAGAAGUUGGAACGCGAGAACGCCCCGACAAGCAUCCAGAUGCCCCCCGGCAUGGCCGACGGCUGGAAGCUUGACCCCUCGGCUCCCCUGUCAACAAACACACUCAGGCCGACAAACACAAACACUAUUGGUUUCGCAACUCCUGGUCUAUCCAUUGCUGACACUGCCUCAUCAUAUCUCGGCUCUCCAAACUUGACGAGAGAUGGCUUGACCAAUGAGGACGACGAGCGCACACAAGACCGAUCCUCGAUUAGUGGCGACUACUUCUCGAACACUUCAACAACCGUCAACUCUACAAAUGCAAACAGCCAGACCAAGCUUGUACCCCAAACUCCUGGCGAAGCUGCUACUACACCAGCUGCAGAGGACACCUCGACGGCCGAGACCACUGACACCCCAUCAAAGUUCGGUAAACGUCUGCGCAUGAACAUGUCCUUUAACAUGAAGAAGCUGGGCAAGGCUCCGACCAACGACAAAGAUAAGCCUGCGAUUGUUGAGGAGACCAAGGAAGAGGCAGAGGCCGACGCCCAGAGCUCGUCUGACAACAGCAAUUCACGCGUCGUUGACGAGAACUUCCUCGGUUGCAUCCAGAAGAUUCGUUUCGCCUACGAAGAUCAUAUCCAGGCACAGGUUCAACGAGCAGCUGCUGUAGAUGCUGCGGGGGGAGCGUUGGGCCAGUCAAAAGAGCUUGAACUGCCCACUUCGGUCGUGCCAUCGUUGCCUUCCGAGACGCCAGUACUGAAGCCACCGCCAAACACAACCAUUCUCAUCCAGGAAGAGCGACCAGAAGCCGGUGGCGUGGCUGACCUGUUCGAGGGCAAGGUCGGCAGCACAGGCGAGAUGGCCGAUCUGAUUGAGAAGGUUGCGCCCAUGUGGCUCGGUGAUGCUCUCUUACGAAACCAGAUUCCGCUCAAGGAUCUUGUCAAAAUCAGCUUCGUACUUGAGCCAUGGCAGAAUGUAUUGCCAAGUAUUGCUGCAGAUGGUAACAAUCGUCUCAACGCCAAUCGUAUGCUACGUGCUCGCAAGAUCCUGGGCUAUGUCGCCGAACGAAUUGAACCCGCACAAGACCCGGCCACAGCCAUGCCACCAGAAGAUUAUCUCGAGCUAUACUGCAACGGUCAACUUAUUCCACCAAAGAUGACACUGGCGACAAUUCGAACACACAUCUGGCGAGGUGGUGGUGAUGUUCUGCUGCAUUACAAAGCCAACGGCAAGAGAAAGAUUCUGCACUCUGCCGAGAACUUCGACACCACCGCUGAGGAUGCUGAUGCUCAAACCGAAUCGACAGAUUCUGCGGUGCCACAGGUGUAG